AUGAAUAAAUCAAAUGAAAAAGAUGUUCCAUCUAUGAGUAUUUUGCAAUCAUUUGACAAUAUCAAAAAUGAUGAAGAGGUAUUUAGUGCAUUAAAGGAAUUAGAACAAUACAGAAUUAAAAAAGAGAAAACAUAUGCAAUAAGUAAAAAUGAAGAGUAUGAUGAUAUUGCUACAUCUUCUCUUGGAUAUUUAAUAAUUGAUUAUAGUAUUGCAGAGUUAUAUGGAAAAUUACGAGAUAAUCGUGUGCAGGCAUUAGAAUUAUCUCAAUCUCAUUAUAUUUCUUUUCUUAAUGAAAUGGCAAGACUAAGAUUUAUUAAUAAACAGUACAUUACUGAUAUGGUUAAUGGUAUUAGUGAAACUCCAGAACAAGCUAGAAAUACUAGGAUUGAACGAUUUAAGGAAAGUCAACAAGCCAAAAAUAUACUAAAAAAUAUAGAAACCAAAAAGAAACAAGAAAGAGAUGGAUUAGAUGAAGAGGAUGAAAGAGAGUAUUGGAAAGCAUUGUUGAGAGUAUAUAUCCUUAAUUCAAUCGAUAACUUUGGAUAUCAAAAAAGAGAAGUUACAAUGUUAAAAGAAAUUAAUAAAUUAAAAGCCAGUGGUGACUUUGAAAAAAGGAAAGAAAAGGAAGACCAAGAAGCAGAGAGAAGAAGGGGUGGAUUUAAAACUUUUACUAUUCCCAAACAACCAACUGUUCAAGACUUACAACAAUUGCAAACUUUUGCAGCUCAAAACCAAGAGUAUUUUACUACACAAUCUAAUAAUAAUAAUGAUAUUGUUAAAGGUUUUACGUAUAAACCUGAGAAACUUGAAAUCAUGCAAAAUGUAUUUAACCCAAGAUUCAAAUAUGGUAGAAUGAUGACUGAUGAAGACUGGGAAGCAGAAAAAAGAGAUGAGAUGCUCGAGCCUGUUGAAGAACCAGAUCAUACAUCUGCGGAUGAUGAUUCAAAUGACGAUGAUGAGAAGUUAAAAGAAAAACGUGAAUGGGAUGAAUUUAAAGACGCUCAUCCAAGAGGGUCGGGAAAUACCCUUAAUAUGGGAUAA